UAAUAUCAUAACUAACUGCAUGAAUGAAGAGUCAAUGGCAUCACCCAUAAUUAACUAAUCAAGGUUCUCUGAUAGAUAGAUACAUCACAUCAACUAGCUAGUAUUAAUACACGGGAGGGAAUGAAGCUAGCUAAGCAAAUUGAAUUGAGAUAAGUAAACUAGCUCUCCUAGAUCAAGGAAGGUGGCCUGAGAAAGAUGCAGCAGGGUGAUGAUGAACAAGAAGAGAUAGCAGCAGUAGUACCAGACAAUGAAUCAGACAAGAAGAAGGCGUUGAGGGACGCACUCUCCAACUCCUCCUCCUUUUCAUUGUCAUUGUCUUUGAGGAGGAGAGGGGAUGAGUUGCAUGAGCAGCAUGCUGGUUCUCGCCGGGACGAUGAAGCUGAGCUGAAAUGGGCGGCCAUCGAGCGGCUGCCCACCAUGGACAGGCUCCACACCUCCCUCCCUCUCCAUGCCAACAAUGCCGGUCCAGUGGAUGUGCGGAGUCUGGGGGUGGCGGAGCGGCGGGCAUUGGUUCACACCCUCAUCGGCGACAUCCACGACGACAACCUCCGGCUGCUCCGGGAACAGCAGCAUAGGAUGGACAGGGUGGGCGUGCACCAGCCCACGGUGGAGGUCCGGUGGCAGAACCUGUGUGUCGACGCCGAAUGCCAGGUCGUCCACGGCAAGCCCAUCCCCACGCUCCUCAACUCCGCCAUCUCCACACUCUCGGUGCUCACCACCAUGCUGGGCAUGGGAUUCAACCGUAACCAAGAAAGGAUCCACAUCGUCAAACAUGCCACAGGCAUCCUCAACCCUUCCAGGAUGACCCUUCUUCUUGGACCCCCAGGCUGUGGCAAAACGACCCUCUUGCUAGCACUUGCAGGAAAGCUCAACAAAAAUCUCAAGGUAACAGGAGAAAUUGAAUACAACGGUGUCAAGCUGCAAGGGUUUGUUCCGGAGAAGACAGCGGCUUACAUUAGUCAGUAUGAUCUUCAUGUCCCUGAGAUGACUGUCAGGGAGACGCUCGACUUCUCUGCAAGAUUCCAGGGUGUUGGCAGCAGAGCAGAAAUCAUGAAGGAAGUCAUUAGAAGGGAGAAGGAGGCUGGGAUUACCCCAGAUCCUGACAUAGAUACAUACAUGAAGGCAAUAUCUAUGGAAGGUUUAGAAGGAAGCAUGCAAACAGACUACAUUAUGAAGAUCAUGGGACUUGACAUAUGCGCUGAUAUAUUGGUAGGGGAUGCCAUGAGAAGAGGUAUUUCAGGUGGCGAGAAGAAAAGACUAACAACAGGAGAGAUGAUAGUAGGACCCUCAAAAGCGCUCUUCAUGGAUGAAAUAUCAACUGGGCUGGACAGUUCUACCACCUUCCAAAUUGUGUCUUGCCUCCAACAGCUAGCUCAUAUAUCAGAAUCCACAGUACUGGUCUCACUCCUUCAACCAGCACCAGAGACUUACGAACUUUUUGAUGAUAUUAUCUUGAUGGCUGAAGGACAAAUCAUAUACCAUGGUGCCAAGAGUUGCAUUAUGAAUUUCUUUGAAUCAUGUGGGUUUAAGUGCCCGGAGAGAAAAGGAGCCGCUGACUUUCUUCAGGAGGUUUUGUCAAAAAAAGAUCAACAGCAAUAUUGGAGCCGUACCGAAGAAAGAUAUAGUUUCGUUACAGUUGAUCAAUUCUGUGACAAGUUCAAAGCAUCUCAAAGUGGUCAGAAUCUUACCGAAGAGCUUUCAAAGCCGUAUGACAAAUCAAAAGGACAUAAAAAUGCCCUAUCCUUCAGUAUCUACUCAUUAUCGAAGUGGGAUCUCCUUAAGGCAUGUUUUGCACGGGAGCUUCUUCUUAUGAAAAGGAAUGCCUUCCUCUACAUAACAAAAGCCGUUCAGCUUGGACUACUCGCUGUUAUUACUGGCACAGUAUUUCUGCGCACACGUAUGGACGUUGACAGGGUUCAUGCUACGUACUAUAUGGGUUCACUCUUCUAUGCGCUCCUGCUGCUGAUGGUGAAUGGAUUCCCUGAGCUGGCCAUGGCAAUUAGCAGACUUCCGGUCUUCUACAAACAGAGAGACUACUACUUCUAUCCUGCGUGGGCUUAUGCAAUACCAUCUUUUAUCCUAAAGAUUCCAGUCUCUUUAGUUGAGUCAGUAGCUUGGACAUCAAUAUCCUACUACCUGAUUGGCUACACUCCAGAAGCAUCAAGUUUUUUCCGUCAGCUCCUUGUCCUCUUCCUCAUCCACACCGUAUCAUUAUCAAUGUUUCGAUGUGUUGCCUCAUACUGCCAAACAAUGGUGGCUGGUUCAGUCGGUGGUACGAUGGCAUUUCUAGUCAUCCUUCUAUUUGGGGGUUUCGUAAUUCCUCGCUUGUGCCAUAUUGCUACAGCAUUUCUGCCAAAUUGGUUAAAGUGGGGAUUUUGGCUCUCUCCACUGUCAUAUGCUGAAAUAGGAUUGACUGGAAAUGAGUUUUUGGCACCUAGAUGGUCAAAGAUUAUGGUAUCUGGUGUAACUCUUGGAAGGAGGAUACUAAUUGAUCAAGGGCUAGACUUCUCAAGAUACUUCUACUGGAUUUCAAUUGGAGCAUUGAUUGGGUUUAUUUUGUUGUUCAAUGCAGGCUUCGCCAUCGGCUUGACUAUUAAAAACCUUCCAGGAACUUCUCGAGCUAUUAUCUCUCGUAAUAAGCUUACCACAUUUGGCGGAAGUGUCCAAGAUAUGUCCAAGGAUACGAAAAAAGGGAUGCCUCAGUUACAAGCAGAAACUGUUUCGACACCUAACAGGACAGGGAGGAUGGUGUUGCCCUUCACACCCCUGGUAAUAUCAUUCCAGGAUGUCAACUACUAUGUAGACACUCCUGCGGAAAUGAGGGAGCAUGGUUAUAUGGAAAAGAAACUACAGCUACUCCACAAUAUCACAGGAGCAUUCCAACCAGGGGUUCUCUCGGCGCUCAUGGGGGUUACUGGAGCUGGGAAAACAACACUCCUUGAUGUUCUUUCUGGAAGGAAAACGGGCGGUACUAUUGAAGGGGAUAUAAGAAUAGGAGGUUAUCCUAAAAUUCAGCAAACCUUUGCUCGGAUAUCAGGUUACUGUGAACAAACUGAUGUUCAUUCCCCACAAAUCACAGUGGGCGAGUCAGUUGCAUAUUCAGCCUGGUUGCGCCUUCCACCGGAAAUUGAUGCAAAAACAAGAAAUGAAUUUGUCAAUGAAGUUCUUGAAACAAUUGAGUUGGAUGAAAUUAGAGAUGCUUCGGUUGGAAUACCGGGGGUAAAUGGACUAUCGACAGAGCAACGGAAACGGCUCACUAUUGCAGUCGAGCUAGUGUCUAACCCUUCAAUCAUAUUCAUGGAUGAGCCAACAUCAGGCUUGGACGCAAGGGCAGCUGCUAUUGUCAUACGUGCAGUGAAGAACGUUGCAGACACAGGUCGAACAGUUGUGUGCACCAUUCACCAACCAAGUAUUGAGAUAUUUGAGGCAUUUGAUGAGUUGAUGCUGAUGAAAAGGGGUGGAGAGUUGAUAUAUGCUGGGCCACUUGGACACCAUUCAUGUAAGAUCAUCCAAUACUUCCAGGCAAUACCUGGGGUACCAAGGAUCAAGGACAACUACAACCCAUCAACAUGGAUGCUGGAAGUAACUUCUGCAUCUAUGGAAGUUCAACUGGGAGUAGAUUUUGCACAAAUGUACAGGGAAUCAGCAAUGCACAAGGACAAGGGCAUGCUGGUGAAGCACUUGAGCAUACCAAUUCCGGGCACGAGUGACCUCCAUUUCCCAACACGGUUUCCGCAGAAGUUUCGGGAGCAAUUCAAAGCUUGCCUCUGGAAGCAGUGUUUGUCGUAUUGGAGAACCCCUUCAUACAACCUAGUGCGAAUGGUGUUCAUAACUGUCGCCUGUAUUUUCUUCGGUGCAUUGUUCUGGCAGCAAGGCAAUAUCAACCACAUAAACGACCAGCGGGGUUUGUUCACCAUAUUGGGGUGCAUGUAUGGAGUCACUCUGUUCACCGGCAUCAACAACUGCCAAUCAGUGAUGCCAUUUGUCUCCAUUGAGCGCUCCGUCGUGUAUAGGGAGAGGUUUGCAGGGAUGUACUCUCCUUGGGCCUACUCCUUUGCACAGGUUGCCAUGGAGGUUCCUUAUGUGCUGGUGCAGGUUGUCCUGUUCAUGUUGAUAGCAUACCCGAUGAUAGGGUAUGCAUGGACAGCAGCAAAGUUUUUUUGGUUCAUGUACACCAUGUCGUGCACGCUGCUCUACUUCCUCUACCUGGGAAUGAUGAUGGUGUCGCUCACCCCCAACAUCCAAGUUGCAUCUAUACUUGCAUCCAUGUUCUACACCCUACAAAACCUCAUGUCCGGCUUCAUUGUACCUGCGCCACAAAUACCAAGAUGGUGGAUAUGGCUCUACUACAUCUCCCCAAUGUCAUGGACGCUCAAUGUCUUCUUCACCACACAAUUCGGGGAUGACAACGACAGGAUGAUCGUCGUGUUUGGAGAGACUAAGUCCGUUACAGCAUUCAUGAGAGACUACUUUGGUUUUCGCCGUGACCUUCUGCCACUGGCAGCCGUGGCUCUGGCGGCAUUUCCCAUCCUCUUUGCUGUCCUGUUCGGUUACAACAUCUCAAAGCUCAACUUCCAAAGGCGAUAGACCGACUUCAAAGUAGUAAAACAGUAGCACGAUACAGAAUAGAUAUUGUACACACAUGGACCUCUUUGUACUUCAAAAAUUGAAAGCCAUGUAUUUUUGUGUGUAUCUGAUACAUAAAUAGUACACCAGAAUUCCAGUAGUAGCUAGCAUUUGAGGAGCUGUGUGAUAUGUUAUUAAUAGAGGCUCUUUCUUCUUAGAUCAUUUCUUUUGUUAUCUUGUAAAUUUGUAAUGCAAGUCUUGUAUUGAUGAAAAAACACAAUAUUUUCUAGAACAUAUAUUGUACAUACAGUUCUGAAGGGUAGAAUGAUCAACAAAGAUUCUUAUUC